GAUGGUAGUAAGUCAGGACUGGGAGAGGGGAGGUAGCUGUUAAUCAUGGAAACAUUCUCAGUAGAGAAGGACCAUCUGGUGUUUGGAACCAGCAGGGCAAAUGGAUUGGUUGAGGGGAGAAGCGUGUGAUCAGAAAGUAUUCUUCAUUUGUUAACUUCACUCCGAAAGUGAAAGAAAAAUUCAUGAGAACAUGCGAGAACAAAGAGCACGGCAAAGCCAGGUGACUGUCUAUUCCACGGAAUGGGAAUUAAUGGCCUUUGAUGCCAACCUGGAUGACAGAGUGAAGAAGAUCAAUGAACAUGUCCGGUCUAAGACCAAGGUUCCUGUGCAGGACCAGGUCCUUCUGUUGGGAUCUAAGAUCCUAAAGCCACAGAGAAGGCUAUCAUCUUAUGGCAUUGACAAGGAGAAGACCAUCCACCUCACCCUGAAAGUAGUGAAGCCCGGUGAUGAGGAGCUGCCCUUGUUUCUCGUGGAGUCCGGAGAUGAGGGGCAGAGGCACCUCCUCCAGCUGCGAAGGUCCAGCUCAGUGGCCCAGGUGAAAGAGAUGAUUGAAACUAAGACUGCUAUAACCCCAGAGACCCAGAUUGUGACUUGCAAUGGGAAGAGAUUGGAAAAUGGGAAGAUCAUGGCAGAUUAUAACAUCAGAAAGGGCAAUAUACUCUUUCUGACAUACCACUGUAUUGGGGGGUGACUGCCCUGGAAAGGGGUGCUAUCAGCUACAAAAGGGCUUAUUUCCUUUAAUCUAUUAUUUAACAAUCAUAUCCUUUGAUGAUUUCCCAAAAUUAAUGAGAAUGAGAUAAAUAGAGUAAGAUUUGGGGUGGGGUGGGUAGGAUGAAAAACAUUUCCAACUCUAAUUCUUUGAUUCUAAUAUAAUUGAUUAAGUGGCAGGAUUGUUUAAGAUGUAUUACUUAGAAUAUAAAAUAGAUGUUUAAAGAACAUUAGAGAUAGCAUUCAAAGCUGAAACUUAAUCCUUUCUUGGUACCUUCUGAUUUAUAGAAAAACUCCUAUUUCCUUUCCUAUAUGACAAAAGAAUAGUUUGUUGGGAUCCAUGUUGUACUAAUUUCUGUGUUCCUUUGUUAAACCCAAUGCUUCCUUUAUAAUAUCACUGAAUUAUUGUUGAAUCAAGCUGAAUUUCUGCAUAGAGAGCACAGUGAAAUGAUUUACUAUGAAUUAAAUUAAUUGCUCUGACAUGAUCAAAAUGUAAUUAAUAAGUAUUUUGAAAAUUCCAUUAAACUUCUUCCUGUCUCCUUA